AUGUGCAGCAAAUCCCGACCACAUCACAAAAAUAACCACGACCGCUGCAUGCAUGCACACACCCAACCAUCGCACCACCAUCGCACCCACAGCAUCGCAACCGCACCCACAGCAACACAACUGCACACACCACCACAGUCACGCACCACUGCUGCUCGUUCCGACCUCUGCACCUCACACCUCCACCACCACCGCACCGCUGAAAAAUUUGGGUCAGUCACUGUGAGAAUGGUUCCUGCAGCCCGUGGAGCAGGAAUUUUGGCUGCCCGGGUCCCAAAGAAGGUAUUCCAGUUUGCUGGAAUUGAAGAUGUCUUUACCUCUUCUCGUGGAUCUACUAAGACUCUUGGAAACUUUGUUAAGGCAACUUUUGAUUGUCUGUUGAAGACUUGUGGCUUCCUUACUCCAGAUUUCUGGAGGGAGACUCGCAUCUCAAAAUCUCCUUUCCGAGAGUAUACUGAUCUUUUGGCAAGGCCGCCGCCAAGGUUGUCCAUGUGGUGGAGGAUGCAGAGGCGGCCAAAGUUUACAAGGACUGAGAUAUUUGCUAGAAUGUGCAUAUCACAGAAUAUACCCGUUUAA